GACAGGCCGUGGUGGUGCUGCCACUGGUGUGCCCCCCCCCCCCCCCCCGCCUAUCCUCCGUCUUUCUUCUCAUUGUUUCUUUUACUCUCAAUAUUUUCCCCCACCCAGGCUGUGAGCCCCCAAUUCCAUUAUCAUUAAUGGGACCAUUUCGUGGUUACCUCGGAGUAACCUGGCUCCUGUUGCUCUUUGUGAUUGGUGUGGACGGGCAGAGGUGUCAAAAGGUGGAUCAUGAGAUGUGCAACGAUUUGCCGUAUAACUUAACGAGCUUCCCAAAUCUCGUCGACGAGGAAUCAUGGAAAGACGCCUCCGAAUCCAUCCUCACCUACAAGCCCCUGCUCUCCGUUGUCUGCUCCGAGCAGCUCAAAUUCUUCCUGUGCUCCGUCUACUUCCCGAUGUGCAACGAGAAACUAGCCAACCCAAUUGGUCCAUGCCGUCCAUUGUGUCUUUCCGUCCAGGAAAAGUGUCUUCCAGUGCUGGAAAGUUUCGGUUUCAAGUGGCCCGAUGUGAUUCGUUGUGAUAAGUUCCCGUUGGAGAACAAUCGAGAGAAAAUGUGCAUGAAAGGGCCAAAUGAGCAAGGAGCAAUUCAAGAUGAGAGGGCAAAGUUUGCAGCGAAAGAAAGUGAGGACGACGGUAAUGAUCGAGUAGAAGAUAUUCAACGGGAGGUCGACCGCCUCAACGGAAAAUGCCCACAGGAUGAGGUGUUCCUGAAUCGAUCCUCAAAGUGUGUGCCUUUGUGCUCGAACCCACAGAAGGUUGGGCAGACUGACCGUGAAUCCGCCACCCGACUCUUGUUGUUUCUCUCGCUGAGCUCUGUAAUACUAACAAUUCUAUCAGUCUUCAUAGUCGGCUUAUCGAUCUACUUUAGACGUCUCGAGAUGCUCCACUCACUUACGGAAACUGCCAUGUUCUUCUCGUGCAUCUCGUUUUGUGCGACAUCGGUUAUUUAUAUUGUGAGCAUUUCGUUUAAAGAUCAGUUCCAAAUCUCGUGCACCGACUACACCCAUCACCUGCUCUUCGUCGUCGGAGGGCUUUCCCAUGUUCCAUGUUCUUCAGUGGCCUCACUGAUUUACUACACGGCAACUUGCUCACGUCUCUGGUGGCUCUUGAUCUGUGUGUCGUGGAAUAAGGCGACAAGGACAUCGCAUAUAUUGGACGACUCCAGAACCCGCGUGAUCAUGCUCAUCCUGGGAAUCCCGCUGGCUCCACUAAUGCUCGCGCUACUCGCAAAAGCCGUCGCCGCCAAUCCCCUCACCGGACUCUGCUUCAUCGGAGCAGCAAGCCCGGGCACCGACUGGAUCUUCAACUUCUGCCGGGAGCUCAUUCUAUUCCUCAUCAGCUCCAUUGCUCUUUCGUCUGCUUGCUGCCGGCUUCUGGGCUCUGAUGAGCAGGAUGUCAAUGGGUUUGCCGGAGUCAUUGCGGCAGUCUAUCCGAUUGCUGGACUAUUCUACAUGCUUUCAUUUGUGAACGAUGCCACCCAACCGUUUCUCUCACUUGACAGAAGUUUCAAUGCGGUCUCGGCGACCAAGUUCUCGUUUGAUCUACUUUUGAGCUUCAUCAUGUGCGCGUUUUGUCUUAUUUACUUGCUGUUCAAGCUGACUAGAUCCUCAUCAAAAGUUAGCAAAGAAGGAUAUCAACCGGCGGUGCCGAAACUCCCGCAACCGGCAAUUCCCGGCAGUGUACGAUCGAACACCUACGCGUCGACGUUUCGAACUAAUAAUAUGAUUUGAAGGAUUUUCAAUAAUUUUUUGUGAAAAACAACGGGUUUAUAUAGAUAGAAAACAAAAAGGUGGUCUCAAUUUUUUUUCCGUGAAAAUAAAUUUUUAUUGAUU